GAGCUCCACAAAGCACUUGCUCCUCAUCCUCGGCCUGACCAUGGCCGGUGUUCCGGAUAACAGCGAUCGUCACAGCAUGCUUUCCGCGUAGUGCGCGCUCGUGUGCUCUCUUUGACUGUCCUUCGGUAGAAUUUUCGAUUGCUAUGUCAAGGUAGUAUAAAUUUCGCUUUCCUUCACGCCAGCACAUAAGCGGGCUGUCGCAACGAUGCGGGCAUCACUGGCGGCAGCAACGACGCUGAAGCAGGCGUGCAGCAGAGCCAGUGGGUCGACGAGUCGAAGAGCUUUCGCAACGAGCAGCAGGUUGGAUGCGAGCUAUGGCUUCAUCGGUCUGGGCCAGAUGGGCUACCCUAUGGCAACCAACCUGCGCAACAAGAUCGCCUCGUCUGAUACCAUGGUCAUACACGACGUCAACCCUGCGGUAACAGAGCAAUUCUCGAAAGAGGUGGGCAAUGUGACAGUAGCGAAGGACGUACGGGAAGUCGCCGAGAGUACGGAAACGGUGCUAACAGUACUUCCGGAACCUCACCAUGUACAGAACGUCUUCCAGCAAAUGCUACGGCCACCGACACUACGCACAGAGGCUCCGAACAAGGACGAGCGACUAUUCAUCGAUUGCAGUACCAUUGACCCGAAAAGCUCCGCAGAAGUAUGCAGGGCAACCGCGAGCAGCGGUCAAGGCAAGUUCAUCGACGCACCGAUGUCCGGCGGCGUGGUCGGUGCAAGAGCAGGCACGCUCACCUUCAUGGUUGGCGCGCCACAGGAGCUGGUGUCGCGAGCGCAGGAAGUGCUCAGCAUGAUGGGCAAGCGCGUUGUUCAUAUGGGCCCGCAAACGAGUGGCCUGAAGGGCAAGCUUGCGAACAACUAUCUCUUGGCUCUGAACAACAUUGCAACCGCCGAGGCGAUGCACAUGGGCGUGAAGUGGGGCCUAGACGCGAAGACGUUGGCGGACAUGAUCAAUACUGCCACCGGCAAGUGCUGGCCUAGCGAAGUCAACAACCCCGUGCCAGGUGUGUCGGAGAACGCACCAGCGAGUCGGGAUUACAACGGCGGGUUUGGCACGAGACUGAUGCUGAAGGACUUGAAGCUGGCGUUGCAGGCUUGUGCUGAAGCGGAUAUUGUGCCGCAUUUGGGUGUCUAUGGCAAGGAGAUCUAUACCGCGGUGCAAGCGGACGAGGACUGCAAGGAUAAGGACUUUUCCGUGGUGUAUAAGUAUAUCAGCAAGCCUUUGGCGGCAAGAGGAUAGAGCAUGAAUUAGCAUGACAAUACCGCAAAGGGCGUCUGCUGAUGGCUGUCUCGAGGCCGUUGAGUAAUCUGCAGCCGUGAGACAAACGGUCGACAUUUCAGAAUACGAUAUAUCGCGUAUACGACCCUGACGGCA